AGCGAGUUCUACACUGAGAAGCCCAUGGCCAAGAUUCUGCGAAAGUUGAGAGAGGAACCCCUCGUUCCCUUGGGUAUGUAUGGGAGCAAGCCGCAUGCUCACCCUCACCCCCCUUUGUAGGCCCGGCGUUUCAUUCGCCUGUUCUUCUAAUCUAACAAAUUUUGCACAAACAAAACAGGCGCGGCUCUAACGGUCUUCGCCUUCGUGUCCUCCUACCGCGCCCUCCGCCGCGGCGACUCGAAAACGGCCAACAAGAUGUUCCGCGCGCGCGUGGCGGCGCAGGGCUUCACGGUGCUGGCCAUGGUGGCGGGCGGCAUGUACUACAGCAAAGACCGGCAGGUGUCGCAGGAGAUCCGCAAGCUCAAGGACCAGAAGGAGAAGGAGGAGAAGCGGCAGAGGUGGAUCCGCGAGCUCGAGGUCCGCGACGAGGAGGAGAAGGCGCUCAAGGCCAUGAUGGCGGAUCGGAAGGCGCAGGUCCAGGCGGCGCGGGCGGCGUCUGCUGCUGCUGCUGCUGCUGCUGAACAAAAGGGGGAGGAGGAGUCGAAACAAGGCCCCGGUGUCCUCGGCGCACUGGGACUCUCGGGUGGAUGGGGCAAGCCACAAGAGACAGUGGACUCGGAUGCUCAGGCCGAGAAGGAGCGGAAGGCGGCGGAUGAGGCGGCGGCUGUGAUGCGGAAGGUCAGGGGACCGAUCAAGCCUAAGGAUACAUCGACCAAGGACGGCAUCGAUGAUUCCCCGAAGAAAUAAGAGCAAGUGUCAAAGUCCCUGCGACGAGAAGUCGUCCGAGACGGUAUAUCGGGGGUGGCCUGAUGAUUGCAGACAGAGACUCGGCUCAGCCGCCUGCCCAUGGGCUACAAUGGCCUGAUGCCCUGAUCUCUCAUGUACACGUACAACCUUGAUUGACGGGGUUUCAUUUGCCAUUGUAUAUUAUUACAGACAUAAGGACUGGCGUUUUGGGCAUGAAAUGAGAAAGAGAGAGAGAACUCCUAUAGCUGAUUAUACAACACCAAAUUUCGCUUGGGG